UGUACCUACAUAUUUUAGCGAAAUAUCGAAUAAAUAAAUUAGAUUAUAUGUCUUUAAAAUUGCCUGUGUCAUUUUCUAUUUAGUUCCUAAAAAAUGAUAUCGGCUUUAUGUGAUGCAAUUGAAUAAAUAUCUGCUUAAUAAGGACAAGCUGAACAUCAAUUCUGUACAUGUUUAAUACCUACAUGUACAUCAUUUUGUCUUAAUUUUGUUCUAUUAAAAUGAAUACAAAAUUAGUUAUUUUAAUUUUUUGUGUAGCUUUUAAUGGAGUGGUAUCUUCAAAAGUAUUAGAAUUAAGUGAUAAAUUUAUUGAUAUAAGCAAAGAUGGCAUGUGGUUUGUUAAAUUCUAUGCACCAUGGUGUGCAUAUUGCAGUAGGCUGGAGCCUGUUUGGGCACAUGUGGCCCAGGGUUUGUAUAAUUCUCCGAUUAAAGUGGCCAAAGUAGAUUGUACACGAUUUCCUGCUGUUGCUAGUCACUUUCAAGUCAGGGCAUAUCCCACAAUCAUGUUUAUAAAGGGAUCAUCUAUGCAUACAUACAAUGGUGAAAGAAUCAAAGAUGACAUGUUAAAUUAUGCAUUGAGAAUGGCACAACCUCCAGUACAAAAGAUUUCUUAUGCAGAUAGCAUAGGAAACUUAAAAGAUAUGCAUGAUAUAUUCUUUGGCUACAUUGGCGAACAUCAGGGUACUUUGUGGGAGAUUUUUAAAGUUCAAGCAGUGAAAUAUCAGCCCCAUAAUUGGUUUUAUUCAAUGUCAUAUGAGGUGGUAAAAAAAGAUCUCAAACCUCCAAACGCUACAAGUAUUUUUGUUUAUAAGGAGGAUGAUGUUUAUUAUUUUGAAACAUCACCACAGCUGAUUGAAGACAAGGAAGUUUUAAAUUCCACAUUGGAUAAAUGGGUUCACUCUGAGAGAUUUGGUUUCUUCCCUAAAAUAACACGGUCUAAUUUCAAUGAAUUGUUGGACAUUGAAAAAUACCUUGUUAUAACUGUUGUUUCUGAAAAUAAACUAAAUGAAAUAACGCAAACUGAAAAAGAUUUUAAAGACAUGGUAGAAGGAAUUAUAAGGAAAAGGAAGCAUGAACUUCAUCCCAAAUUCCAAUUUGGAUGGAUGGGUAACCCUGAACUGGCCAAUUCAAUUGUUAUGUAUGAUUUGACAGUACCACAUAUAAUUGUAUUAAACUCGACAACCCAUCAUCACCAUUUACCUGAUGAUGAUCCAGUUUUAAUGACACCAGAAGCUGUGUCAAUGUUCCUUGACGAAAUACACAAUCAAGUUGCACCUAAAUAUGGAGGAAAGAGUUUCCUUGUGCGUCUAUACCGAGGAUUUUAUGAAGCUAGAGCCACUGUGUCAAGUAUGUGGAGGGGAAACCCAAUACUGACUGCACUUGUGUUUGGGCUACCUCUUGGAUUCCUAUCAUUGCUCUGCUAUUCAAUAUGUUGUGCUGAUAUACUGGAUGCUGAUGAAGAAGAAAGUCCAGAAUCACAUGAGAAGAAGGAUUAGAAUACAGAUCUAAGACUAAAUCGUAAAAUUAUAAUAAUGCUAGUAAAAUUUAAAACCAAUUUUAAACAAUUUUUUUUACUCUGUAAUCUUUUUUGAUCAUCAAUAAAAUUAAGUCAGUAGGCACACCAAAAAUAUUUUUUUUUUACAACAAAUUGGUUUAUAUAUUUGGCUAUGACAAUUAAUGAUAAGUGCACCCUGGUCUGCAAAUCAUGUGGACUUUAUUAGAAAGAGCUAGGUGGAUGACCAUGUGCUAUUGGAAAAUUAAUCUAAGCACAGAGGCCAUAUUACCAUAUAAUAUGGAAAACUCCACCACAUGCGCAAUUUUGUGAGCAUGGUUGGAUAACCUUGAAUAUUAUGUAAAAUCCAGGGUCAGUACAUAUUAG